UUUUAUCAUUGCUAUCUCUGCAUCUUCCAUCGCGCCUUUUAGCUGAUUCUUUGAUGAAUAUUCUCCAAGCGGUGGCUUCCAAGUAUCACAGUGGUGGACAGUUGCCUGCUGUUUCAGCUACCCCGCAGCAGCAAGGCUGAAAUCUCGGAACUCCGAAAUUCGCCUUGAACGAGCAUUCUCCGCCCAAGACACAGCAAAUUUAUCGUUUGUAAAGAUGGUUGGGGUUCCUGGAAGAUCGAAAGCGUGCAAGACAUGCAAGAAGCGAAAAAUCGCAUGUACCCUCGAACGGCCCAACUGCAAGAUCUGCAUUAAAAGUAAUCGAGACUGUCUCGGCUACGAGCAAGACCGAACCUUCAUCCUGGACUCGAGGACCAAGAAGCAGCUCGAGACGAAAGAAGUGACCCUAGUCACUCCCCCCAAUGAACCAGACCUUCCAGUGGGUUCUACACAAGCUCUGACCCAAUUUCAAGGCUCAAUAUCUACCAAAAACGCCUAUUCAUCACUAUGGACCAUUAAUUGCCCUUCCACCCGCUCAGUCUACCGUGAACAAAUCAUCAGCGAGUUCCUAUAUAGCUUCAAACACAGCACGCAACUACCACUCACGCCUCCCACCAACACCACAAGCGACGGUUGGAAAAGCUGGUUUACAAUGCUCCCUUCACACCCCGAAUUUACCACUGCGCUCGAAGCGACCGUCCUCGCUAUUUGCACUGCCAGACUCGGUCGCUUGAACAACGACCACGCACUCGUCAACGAAAGCCUGAAGUUCUAUAUCCAAGGGCUCUGGGAGCUGCAGAAAGCGUUGUAUAGUCCGGAUUUAAUGUACAAAGAUGAGACGGCUGCGAGUUGUAUGGCGCUUGUGGCGUACGAGGUGAUUGAGUGUCCAGAUCGGACGAUCACGGCGUGGGUGAAGCACGUGCAUGGCUGUGUGAAGUUAUUCGAACUCAGAGGCCCGAAAGCUUACAGUUCUGAAUUCGGGCACGAACUCUUCCUCGCAUUCCGGCAGAUGGAGAUCCAACAAGCGAUCUCGGAGAAGAGGAAAACUUUUCUAUCAGACCCAGAAUGGAAUACGCACCCCUGGAAAGGCUACACCAAACCCCUGCCUCACCAACUCCUCGACCUGCAAGCCGAAUUAACGUCCACCAUCGCAAAAGGCCACGGUCUCCUCUCGUCCCCAGGCGCCACGGAAAAUCCCCUUGCUCUCCUCCCUCAAAUCUUAUCUCUGGUCAACGACUGUUGGAAACUCAAUAUCCGGCUCAACGCCUUCUACAAGCGGCUAGAGAGGUCAAUUUCCGGACCUGUAUACUGGGCUCGACUUUCUAAUGGAUUCAACAUUACCUCUACUCCAGUUCAAAAUGCGGAGGCUAGUGGGGGAAGCGUGUUUCCAGUUGCAUUCCAGUUUGACAAUAUUGAGAUAGCGAGGACAUGUACGACGUACUGGGCAACCCUCACGAUUCUCUACUCGGGUUUGAAAUACGUCUACUCCUUGCUCUCUCCAGUCGUGUCUUUCCUUCCACUCAUUGCGCCGGGAAGUUCACUUCCGCCGCUAGAGCAUCGGUCUGAUACGACUUCUUUAGCAAAAAACAUAUGUCAGAGUAUUGAGUAUAUUUCUGGAGGUAGUCCCGAGGGAGCAGCUAUGUAUGUGGUUUUUCCGUUAAAGGUGGCGAUUGAGACGUUGGCGGAUACUACUGCUUCGGGAGAGGGAUGUGAGAGGGAGUUGGAGUGGGCGAAGAGUGUUAUGGGACGCAUUGGCACGGGAGUGAGGAUUGUGAAUAAUCUCGAUGUGCCGGUGGAGAGGCAUGCUUUUGUUCCGACUCCCGACAAGGAACUGGAUAUGAGCGAAGGAACUGCAGGAUGACCUUGAGAGGGCGUUUUCAAAUUCGAGUGGAGUUCGCUGGUUUGUUUGAUUUUGUAGCGUAUCGUGAAUCAAUGACACGAUUAUAGUCUGUACGGAGUUGGUUCCCUUUCUUGGUAAACCAUAGCAGCUUUCUGAGAUCUUGCGCAUUUAAAAUAAUCUCAUAUUUUAAUGUAUACUGCCUUUUUUCCAUCUCCUUGAACUCAAGGGAUACCACG